AUGGCCGGAAACAGCUUAAUAUUCAAGCAGGACUCGCACUACGAAGAGCACUUCUACUCGCUCCUAAAGCCCUGGACACAUUUUGUUCCUGUGCGACGUGAUUUAUCAAAUCUAGUCGACCAGGUCAAAUGGGCAAUGGCACAUGAUGCAAGGAGUCGUCACAUCGUCGCUAACAUGCAAUCGUUCGUUGAUGCGUAUCUGCUUCCAAAAGAAGGUGAGUUAGGCGUACGACACUUUCUAACCGUAGGUGACGAUACGGCAGCAGCGGUCAUGUGCCAGUCAAACGUUCUGAAGACUGCGCAACCGGCAAUGCAGCCUCAAAACAGCUGUUUUGACAGCGCCCUGCUAAUGAUCGACUGGAUGUGA